UCCGGCGGGGCCGUCCCCUAGAGCAGAGAUGGCGGCGACGGCGGCCGAAGAUGCGGCCUCUGGCUCUGGAGAGCCCCGGGAAGAGGCGGGAGCUCCGGGCCCCGCCUGGAAUGAGUCCCAACUGCGAAGUUACAGCUUUCCGACCCGGCCUAUCCCGCGUCUGAGCCAGAGUGACCCUCGGGCGGAAGAGCUCAUCGAAAAUGAGGAGCCUGUGGUGCUGACCGACACAAACCUUGUGUAUCCCGCUCUGAAGUGGGACCUAGACUACCUGCAAGAGAAUAUAGGCAACGGGGAUUUCUCUGUAUACAGCGCCAGCACCCAUAAAUUCUUAUACUAUGAUGAAAAGAAGAUGGCUAAUUUCCAGAACUUUAAGCCAAGGUCCAACAGGGAGGAAAUUAAAUUCCAUGAGUUCGUUGAGAAACUACAGGACAUACAGCAGCGGGGAGGAGAAGAGCGGUUGUAUCUGCAGCAAACGCUCAAUGACACUGUGGGGAGGAAGAUCGUUAUGGACUUCUUGGGUUUUAACUGGAACUGGAUUAAUAAGCAACAGGGAAAGCGUGGCUGGGGGCAGCUGACCUCUAACCUGCUGCUCAUUGGCAUGGAAGGAAAUGUGACUCCUGCUCACUAUGAUGAGCAACAGAACUUCUUUGCCCAGAUAAAAGGCCAUAAGCGAUGCAUCUUAUUUCCUCCAGAUCAGUUUGAGUGCCUCUAUCCAUACCCUGUCCACCAUCCUUGUGACAGGCAAAGCCAGGUGGACUUUGACAAUCCUGACUACGAAAGUUUCCCCAAUUUCCGAAAUGUGGUUGGUUAUGAAACAGUGGUUGGCCCCGGUGAUGUUCUUUACAUCCCAAUGUACUGGUGGCACCACAUAGAGUCAUUACUAAAUGGGGGAAUUACCAUCACUGUGAACUUCUGGUACAAGGGGGCUCCUACCCCUAAGAGAAUUGAGUACCCUCUCAAAGCUCACCAGAAAGUAGCCAUCAUGAGAAAUAUUGAGAAGAUGCUUGGAGAAGCCUUGGGGAAUCCACAAGAGGUGGGGCCUUUGUUGAACACCAUGAUUAAAGGCCGUUACAACUAACCUGCCAGAGGUCCAGGCCUCCUGCCAGGUGACUGCUCUCUCAUCCACAUGCUUCGUUGAUGAGGACAGGACACUCCAAGCACUAGUAUUGCACGCUGCACUUAAUGGACUGGACUCUUGCCAUGGCCCUGGAGGCAGGUGUUGGGGCGAGGCAGGGUAGUUGACUCCACUCCCAUUUGGAAAGAUUUCUCACCCUUGCCUUUUGAGCACCAGAACCUUCCCUCUUUGCUCCCCUAAAGUCCUGCAUUCAGUGUGUGGAGUCCCAGCUUCUGGUUUUCAUCAUGUCUGUGUUAGUCUGUCAACCUCAGGGUGUGUGUGUGUGUGUGUACAUGUGUGCAUAUGCAUAUGUACAUACACACAUGCAUGUAUCUGUUCCUUGUUCCCUCUUCCUGGGUCAGGAUAUCACUUCUGGCUCUCAGCUGCUGUCUCCUGAAGCCUCAGUGCCUCAGCCUGAGAGAGGAGAUGCUCCUGUAUCCCUGUGACAUCUGGGUUGUGGUGCCAGAAUGGAUGUGCUCAUCAGUCUGCCUUCUGCCAGUUUUUGCAGCAUAGUCAGGCUAUAGGCCAAUAGCAAUAGCUGCUGGGUCCCUAAUGGGGACAUUGAGAAGGAGGCUUGUCUUUGGGAGCCUAGAUAGCCUUCUAGUAGAAGAAGAUUAGAUAGGGUUCUGGUUGAGAACUACAAACUCAAGCCAUACAUUGAAGGAAACCCUGGGAACCAAGGAAUAGAGGAUUGUGCGUAUGUUCCAAAUUACAGACACACGCAGCUAUUCUUUCAGUACCAGCUCUUGCCCCUGCGCUAGGUAUUGAGGAAGUUCUCCUAGCUCUGACUUCUUUGGGCUCCAGGGGUAUAAACCUCUGCAUGUGUGUGUACACAUAUGCACACGUGUGUGUGUUCACACUUGCCAUCUUCUUGCUUACCAAGGUUCUCUACUGCUUACCUUGUCCAAUGUGACAGUACAGUGUGAACCCCAGAUACUGCCUGAUUUAGCCUAUAGCUUUCAAACUCGGAUUUUAGCCAUCCUAUCUUGAUCAGAUCUCACUGCAGCCUACCUAAAGCUGACACCUUGAGCCUCUGGGUUCUAUGUCUUUCCCUGUCCAGGCCACAUCCCCUGCUUCUGCUGAGCUUCCUGGCUGAGUAGACGAAAUGGGAUCAGACUUAGGCAGCUAACUCAAUACCUUUCAUCCACCUCAGGGCAAGGACAAACGUGUCCUCUUGCCUCUUCGAGCCAGCGCCUCUGCCAGACCCAACAUCCGUCACAUGACUAGAGUAGGACAGCUGGUAGCGCAUGGAGAUAGAAUUUCCUUUUCUGUUGGUCGCUACGUGUGGGACCUCCUGAGGGAGCAGCUCAUGGCUGGGCAGCUCAGUGUCACACACCUCAGAGUGCCAUCAUUCACAUCUGCUCGGAGGGAAGGGGCCCCUGCAUUUGGCAGAGUGGUGGCCCUGUGUCCCCUUACCUCAAGUCCUUGCUCCAUCAUCUUUUUCUCUAAAAUAUGAGUUGGAAAUCUAAUUUUAUUUCCUUCUCUUCCACUUUUUUACUUCCACCCUCUUAAGUUUGACCUCUAGGUCUGAGCUGUGGCUCUUUGCCCCAAAGCUCAGCUUACAGUACCCCGUGGACUGAGAAGAUGCAUGCCGAUGCUUGCGUGCACCUGUGUACAUGUUUUGGGGAGGGGUCUUUAGUACCCCAUUCUGGGGUUUUGAUGCAAUAUGGGUAUGCAGAACUGGUACCUUCGCAGGUAUAGCUCUUCAAAUACAGCCAGCGCUGGGCGGUGUGACUGCAGUACACUGCAUGGCCUCCAUCUCCUUUGGGAAAGAGGAGUACAGCAAGAGAGCCGGGCAAAGCAGGAUUAGAUUGGCAUCGUGGCAGAUUGUCUUCAUUCUCAGUAGAAUGUCCUGCCACUGCCCUCAAAGGUGUUGGGAUGUGUCGGAGGGAAUCUGGGUCUUCUUGGUUUAUCCUUCAGAAUACUGUGCCUCAUACAGGUCUGACCUAGGGUGACUGGGGGCAAGGAGAGAGAAGGUAAACUUUGGGACCGUCACAGGAUUGGUCUUGAUGCUGGUAUGAUGUAAUAGCCACUCCUGGUCUUAGACACCUGAUGUAUGCUGUUGCCUUUACCUCUGACCCUCCCAAUCCUGCAUGGUAGCUUCUCGCUUCACACAGCUCAAAGAGGAGAUGAAGAGUGGCAGUCAAGAUCAAACCUAGUCUGUUUGGCUAUAAGCCUGUCCCCUCUUCCUGCUCCUCCUCCGUUUCCUCCAAACUCUCAGUUCUCUACCUGCCCUCAGGUCUUGUUUCCUAGGCAGUGUACAGGCAGACUCAGGCAAGAGGGUGUGGGGGCUCUAGCUAGAGACAUCCAGAAGCUGCCUGGAAGCAACUGUAGAGGAGGGAGUUCUAUCUCUGCUGGGGAUAGGGUACUGUGUACCCUUCAGUGGAGGUCCCAUAGCUCCUGUCAGCAUGCCUCUGCUUCAGAGCUGAAGGGGUUCUAGACCGCUGGGGUCCUCGUCUGCUGGGUCACCUCCUUCUGGGGAGGAGAUGCACUUCCUUCCCUCAUCUAGGUUAGGGCUGCUCAGGUUCAGAUUCUACUUGGAACACAGGAAGCAUUGCUGCUACAGAGUUUACUGUUCUAACCAGCAGCGUGGGAGUCAGAUGUGCCAAGGAAGGUGGAGACUUGGGCUUGUCUAGGGGUCAGCCACGCUGCAGACUUUGUUUUCAUACCAGCAGUUCAGUGAAAACUACUGUUUUGUGAAGUCAAAUAUUUGCUGGGGGGUUGGAGUUGUGGGGUGGAGGAGGGGCUGUCCUGGGCAUCAGUGGAGCAGAUGCCCAGGAUGCCUGGGGGAGACCAGCUUCCCUACAAAUCAGAGCUCUAAAUUACAAGGUUUUUACCAACGCGAACAGUUGGGGGAAGUCGUCUGCUCUCAUUUGCGUAAUGGUUUCUGUCACUGGUGAUUAGACACAGGAUGAAGGAAAAGAAAUUUGACAAUUAGGAAUGAGCCAUCAUUAAUCUGAAUCUGUUAGGAGACGGAGAGGGAAGGAGCCUUACUAGUGGGCCGACCCAGUAUGGGGAGACAGUCCCUGUCUCUGACCCUCAGAAUCUUCUGGGCCAAGUACCCUUUUGGAGUUCCCACAAGUGUGGGUGGAGCGUGCAUGCCUUCACACACUAAGAGUCCAACCCAGCUUGAGGUGGCUUUAGAAACAGAUUUUCCUGCAGGAACCAACAAAGUUGAAGAUAGAUGAGUGAGUACUAAAUACAAGCCCUAGGGCGAAGAAUAACAAUAGGGGAGUUUGACGUGUGCUUACUGUUAUGGGCAAUGUUUCUCUAAUAGCCAACACUGUUGGUCUCCCAGCUGUGACAAGUGUUUGUCACAUUUCGGCACUUCAGGUUGGGCAGGAAACCUGAUCUUUACCAAACUACUGGAAAGUGCAGAGGAAACUCCCGGAAAGUAGCAGAGCUCAGAUCCGUGCAAGGUGGGUGCUGUUAUGAGGAAGAGGAUGCACAGCACUGGGCUCCCUGAGGAAGACACUCGCCCUUCAAGCCUCUCUGGAUCAGUGCAGUGGUGGCUAUGGGGACAACGAGGUUCUGGCUCAGACUAGUGACAGUGACCCAGCUAACUGUUAAUAAGGUGUGGAAAAUCCACCUUAGAUCUUCCAGUGUCCCUGAUUUUACCUCAACAUUCUGUCCCUUCAAAUGCCUAAGACAAUAUCAAUCUGCACCAAGAAGUAAGUCCUUGUCAUUCAAGUAUCUCUUAGAUCCCAGGCUCCCUCAAGGGUUGGGGUGGGUUUCUGUCUGCUUCCAUGAUGUGAACUUCUCAAGGAUGGUGCUAUCUCACUCCUUGCUAAGUUCCCUACCUCUGUUGUCUUUCAUCCUUCAAAACUUGGUGCAGAAUUUAGCAAGGGCUACCAGCAGUGACUCUCUGACCAGUUUUGCCUAGAUGGGGUAGGUGUGGAGAUGGAUAGGAGUAGCUGAGAGGUUCUAGAGGCCCAGGCCUUUCCAGUUUCCCCACAAUUGCUCUUGGUGUCCUCUUAAUGUACCUCUAGGUGGGGCUUUGAGCUUGCUCCUUCCCGGGCUCUUAGUGGCCUCUUUACCAAGGCUCUUUUCCUCGAAGAUGCUCUCUGGUUACAAGUGCUGGACAGCUUAGCUUAGGGUCCCUCUCCACAGGCUUCUCCCUGUUCCCUCUUAGUUUCUGACCUCAGGUAACUCUGUUGACAUGUUCCUGGUUAGUCUGUGUUCUGUCUGCUCUGUCCUCUUGCCAUUACUUUGUCAUUACAUGCUGGUCAGCUUGUCUCAGGCUGGUGGGCCUUUCUGCUUGUCCUUCAGUCAACUCUGUUUAAUUAAAGAUCCAGGGGGUCCUGAUUGGAGCCCAGCUGAGCACUUUGGGGACAUUUCUGGAGGAGCAAAGGCUCAGAAACUGGUGUCUUCAAUGCCCAUAGCCUGUGAGUAGUGACGCCUUGGACACAAUUGGGGAGGGACCUGGAGAGGCAAAGAACUUGGUGAGGAGAGACUGCUAGAAAGAGGCCAGGCUUGGGAGCCAGGCUGGAAGAGUGAACUUGGUGGUUCCAUCUGAAUGUGUUCUUGUGCCUUAGGGUCCAGCAGUUCAGGGAUGAGGGACAUUUUCUGAAUGUUUCCUAAUUUCUCUCAGGUCUUUGGUUCAGUGUCACCAAGUUUGACAGACCCCUGUGUGCCAGAGGUUGCUAGAAGGAAGCAGCAUAGUAGGCUGGUGUCAGGAGUGGAGGCCUCCCAUGAGGAGGGCUGGAAUGGUAUGGGAACAAAGAAAGGGACCCAGUGGUCAGCUUCUCAUGGGAUGGCACUCUAUUCCUCCAAGAGAAUAAGUACAAGGACUGAUUCAAGAAGUCAGUUAAACUGCCCUCCCUCCUCCGUAGAGCCUUGUUUGGGGGAAGGAAUGUGUGUCCUUUAACUUUCAAGGGGAAACAGUCUAGUGUUUAAAAGCAUGCGUUUUGAGCUCUGAUACCUUCAGUACACAUUUCUAGCUUGCUACUUACCAGCUGGGUUUGACUUUGGUUGAUUCCUUUAACCUCUCUGAGUCUCAGUUUCUUUAUUAUAAUAAUAUGUGGGGGUGGGGGUUUGAAAAUAUCUACCUCAGGGUUGCUGGAUUAACUGAAAUGAUGUCUGUAAAGCUUUAGCACAGUGCUGGUGAGCACUUAAUAAACGGCUGUGGUGGUUCAUAGUAUGCAACUUACUGCUUCGGUGGUGUGUGACAGGUUUCCAGUGACUCGUCUUCCCCGUACCUAGCUCUGCUUCCUCUUCAGCCUGGUUGGCCAGACUCCUGCUUGUAGCAGCCUGGGCCUGGGGAGGUGCGGUCAUCUCUGAGCAUCUCACCAUGGCUCCUCGUUCCACCUGGAGAAUUGUCCCUCGCAUAACUGAGGCACUGGCACCCACCCCUGCUCAUAUCAGUCCCUCCCCCUUGUUGGUCACAUCUGGCUAUCAUAAGAACCCAUCGCCACUCUCAUCUAAACUCAGUAAGAAUGUAUCGCAGCUAAGGCCCUUUUGGUUUACUUUUGUGCCAUUUAGUGUGUUUAAAUUACAAGUGUGUUAAGUGGCAGAAGGAAUUAAAAUGGAGAAAAAUGGGUUCUAUUUGUUAAGUGCUCUUGUCCCAGGCACUGGGCUAGUUUCUUGGACUGAGUGCUGUCAGUUCAGUAAGAGAGUUAGGGAUGUACAAGGACAAGCUCCUCACUCUACUUGGAUACUCACAGUAGGGUAGGCCUUCUACAGGAAGUGAUCCAGCCUGAGCUGAUGACUGGAAGAGAGUAGCUACCCAGGGCUUGCAGGAAAAGUAGACGGUGUGUUUCUGCCCGGGUUUCUCUUGCAUAGUCCAGAGGGUUGCCUUGAAUCCUUCCAGAGAAAGGCCGGGUGUAGGAACACAAAAGAACAAAACCUUUUGGUUAGCUUUGGGAAUCUGAAAAUAUGUUUGUUGCUGGGCCCACAUUUGUUGUGAAGGGCAGAUAGAUUUGGAGGGCUCCACUGUCCUCACAGUUCAGCCUCUGAAGCAGACCUUGUGGGGAAGGUGUUGAACCAGGCUACUCAAACUUCAGCCUGAGAUACACUUGACUGGGUGGGAUUCUCUGCAUCAUCCCCCAGCUUCUACCCCCCUUUAUUUCAUGGUGCCAAACUUCGGCAGUUCCCCUCCAUAGGUACUCAACUUCCCAAGGCUUUGGCACUGGCCCCAUAGGGGAAGAUGCUUGAUGCCAAGCCAUCCCUCUGGUCUGCAGGGCAUUUAGAGUCACCUUGCAGUCACCUCUUUCUGUGUAAC